GACGAAAUCACCCCACUUAAGGCAGUAGGCCUCGUGUCUCUCUCGGUGGUAACAGUGGUGUUAAACUCCUUGGUAAUAAUAACAAUCUGGAAGGAUCCAUUCAAGGAACUCAAAGGAACAGCUAACUAUCUCAUAUUAAACCUGGCUGUUUGUGAUCUUCUUGUGGGCUUUCCAGCCGAGUUGCUUUUCGCUCUUCUGCUCUGGUUUCCCGGCCGUGUUAUUAUUGUCUUUUCCGCAUACGUUGCAAUAUAUCUUGAUUUUUAUGCUUCGUUUCUUACAAUACUGGGCUUGGCAGUCGAGAGACUCCUCGUCAUAUCAUCACCAUCGUGGAGUGCGGAUUAUCAAACCACCACUUAUCGCACCGUUGGAUUCCUUCCUAUUUGGAUAUUUGCUGGACUGCUAGCCUUCCUUCCUGUGUUCGGUGCAGAUUCGUGUCACAAAUACAGAAUGUUUAUUACUGAUGCAGUCGGACUUCCUGUAUUGAUCCUGUUAUUUGCCUGUUACACACGAAUCUUCUUACUGGUCAGAAAAGAGAUUAAUCGAGAUUUGAGGACAAUCGACCAGAGAGGAGAACUACAACCCCUCACAAUAAAUGGCCAAUGGAGAGAAAGACUUAAAAGGAGAGAAAGACAGGUGGCUUGUUCUGUAUUCAUCAUUGUUGGAAUAUUUUGCUUCUGUUGGCUUCCAGAAUUAGUGCUGACAAAUAUCAUUGAAAUCUGUAGAGACUGCAUUCCAGAUAAAUUUCAUUUGAUAUUCCAUCUUUUCAUAUUGGCACAUCCGCUGGCCAAUCCUAUUGCUUACUCAUUGCAUACACCGAAAUUUCGACGGGCUCUCAAAAAAAUUUUCAAUCGAAAGGCCCCACUAUAA